AUGCUGAACGCCCUUUAUGCGUACUUCUGUCGGUCAUAUCCGGGCUGUGCGGUGGAGGAGGCUGCGCCACGCCAAGGCACCGCUGCCAAGGCCUUCCAGAGGGUGAAGGCGGAGGAGUGGAUUGACAAGCGAGGAUCGUGGGACAACUCCUACGUCGGCACUUUUGGCGAACAAGGCUGGGGCUUCAAGGCGCAGCAAAUCCUUGGACAGGUACGUGGCAAGGACUUCCGUCAUGAGAAGACGAAGAAGAAGCGGGGCUCAUACAAGGGAGGGCUCAUUGACUCCCACACCGUGAGCAGCUACAAGUUUGACAGCGAUGGCGAGUAA